CAUUUCCAUUCCUUAUAUGCAAAUGAACGGGGCGUGGUUAGCUCACAGGUCCAGAGACCCAGACCAAAGCAACAGCACCACACUGACUACUCGAGAAGAGGAAGAAAAUGGAGGAGAAGGACUAUAAGGCAAACUACUAAAUGAAAAUAACAACAUGGAAGACGUCGGUGGGCUCCAAGACUUAACUGGUUCUUAUCUGGUCUUAUCUGGUCUUCUCUGGUCCGCCCAAUGCUGCUCUUCUGAGAGCAACCGCUCUGACAGCUCUCUCUAGUCUCUACUGGGAAACAGCUAAAAGUCCUUCUGGAGGCUUUGCAUUUGAACUCCUAUGACUGGUUGCGGACUUGAAGGGAACGCCUUCCUGACAUCCAGGAAAAAGGUGAGAUUAUAAUACAUUUGAAUGCCAAAAGCAAGUUAUUGUUUUUAACUUUUGAAAUAUGAUUGUUUUGGGUCAUUUCAGUUUUAUUCGACAGGCAGUAGAGAUCUACUGGAAACAGUGGAGAGGGAGGAGAUGAUAUGCAGCAUACGGCCCAGCCGGAUGGUUGCUGCUCCGUGUGGAACGUGUCCUAUCAGGUGUAACAUUGUAACAUCUACCAAUGGUUGUACAUGACAGAGACCUCCUCCGCCUCUUUGCUGUCUUACUAGUCAAUCCUUCUGAUCAGGUCCUUUCCUAAAUAGUGAAAGGAUCAUGCCAGCCCACAUCAAACACCUGAUCAAGAGCACUGCUGCAGACACCUGUGUGAUAUUCCACUCUGACUGGAACCCUCAAAAUGACCUGCAGGCUCAAGCUCGGUGUCAUCGUUUUGGCCAGUCUAAGGCGGGGGAGGUGUACCGUCUGAUCACUAGAAACUAUGAGAGGGAAAUGCUGGAUAAAGCUAGUCUGAAGCUCGGGCUGGACCGUCCCGUCCUGCAGAGCAUGAGUGGCAACAACAACGGGCCGGUCCAGCAGUUCUCCAAGAAGGAGAUCGAGGACCUGCUGAGGAAAGGAGCCUUCGCCGCCAUCAUGGACGAGAACGACGAAGGCAAUCGCUUCUGCUAGGAGGACAUCGACCAGAUCCUGCAGCGAAGAGCCACCAUCAUCACCAUCACCAGUUUGCUUCAAGCAGUGGCUGCAUGAGAAAGACGUGGAGGACCAAGAAAUGCUGGCCAGAUUGGCAAAGACCGGAAGAUACAUAACAGAGAAGAUAAUGGAUAUUAACAAGAAAAAGAAAAAAAAUGUUUAUAAUUUCUUUGUUGCUGUUUACAUUUUGAAUUAUAUUUGUUAUUUUUAAAUCAAAUGCAUCUUUUUUAGAUGAUAUAUUUAUUUAGAUGUAGGUUUUUUUUUGUAAUAUUAUUGUAUCAAGUAUAAUUUAUGAAAUAAAAAUACUGUUAUGAACACUA